AUGAAGAAGCUCGAGUCCAAUGCCGACCACAACUACGCGUACCCGCUGUGGCGCAAGUCGCUCAUCGUGUUCGUGACCAGCUGGACGACGCUCGCGGCCACCUUCAGCAGCACCUCGCUGUUUUCUGCGGCGAGCGAGAUCGCCAAGGACUUCGGUACCACGCAGGAGAAAGUCAACCUUUCCAGCGCGGGCAUUUUGCUUGCUAUGGGCUUCUCUUCCUUCGUGUGGGGGCCUAUUGGCAUUAUAAUAGGAAGGAGAUUCGCGUACAACAGUUGCAUUGUUGUGCUUUUUCUUUUCACGAUAGGCGCGGCUCUUGCGCCGAACAUGCGGACGUUCGUCGUCAUGCGCGUGCUAUCUGGCCUGCAAGGAACAUACUUCCAUGUCUCGGGCCAGGUCAUCCUGGCCGAAUAUUUCCCUCCUAUACAACGAGGAACGGCGACUGGUUUCUUCCUUGCUGGCACUGUUCUCGGCCCGCCUUUUGGUCCUUUGGUUGCCGGCAUCAUCGUCACGUAUCAAAGCUGGCGCGUCAUCCUUUGGCUACAAGCUGCGAUGGUGGGCGUGAGUUUCAUCCUGGCGAUGACGGUCAUCCCGUACAACAAGAGCCGCGAAGAAUCGAAGCAGGCCAUGUCGAUCCUUGAAAUGCUGGAUCAUUUCAACCCCAAACACGUCUUUGGACUAAUGAUAUACCCCAACAUCUUCUUUACCGACCUGGCCUGCGGUCUUUUAAGCUGGACGCAAUACUCACUGCUCUCUGCGCCGCGCCACAUCAUCACCGAAAGGUUCAACCUUACAUCGCCACUGGUCUCCGGACUCUUCUACAUCUCGCCCGCAGCAGGCUUCCUUGCCGGCACCAUGAUCGGAGGGAAGUAUUCGGACAUGACGGUGCGGAAAUGGAUCGACAAGCGUGGCGGCGUGCGCCUUCCGCAGGACAGGCUCAACAGCGGCAUGUUCUCGUUCUUCUUUCUGGUGCCCGUUACUUCGCUCGUCUACGGCUGGUGCUUGCAAGCCGACAAGGGCGGGUUGCCGUUGCCUGUCAUCAUGGCGUUUUUCACUGCUGGAGGACUCAUGGCCGCCUUUGCCAGCCUGAACACUUACUGCGCCGAAGCAAUGCCGCGCAAACGUGCCCAAGUCGUUGCUGCCAAGUAUUGCGUUCAGUACACGUUUAGUGCCGUAACAAGUGGCGCAUCCGUUCCCAUGAUCGACGCGAUCGGCGUAGGACCAACGUGUACUAUAAGUGCGGUUUUCGUGCUCAUAGGCGGCGUCCUAACGAUGACGACGGCGAAAUACGGAAUGAGGAUGCAGGACUGGGUGGAUGUGCGGAUAAAACGGAAGCCGGAGCCCGAAAAGCCACAGCUCUCAGAAGAAGAAGAGACGGCACCAAAGCUAGAUGCGGUAGUUUAA